AUGGAUUUCUCCUGUCACGUCCGCAUAAACAACGAAUCCCCAGAGGAUCUCCUCCUCGAAGACUCUGGCCUCGAGAGCGGAGACUGGCCAUUACGUCAGCCCCUCAAUGUCAUCGAAGCAGGUACCCAACAGACCAUCUACCUCGCGCAGCCGAGCUGGGGCGGUUCAAAAGCAUGGGUCACGUAUGAAGCGAGGUACGGACAGGGAUGGAGGAAUUUCACGCUCGAGUUUGAGUGUCCUGCUAUGCCGCUCUCAAAGAACCAUGUCAAGGUGAAGGAUUGCUCGAGGGUUUUUGAGAUUGAAAUUACGGAUGUUCAGGAGCGAGGGAGUCCUUUGACUGCGAAUGUAACGAUUCGCAUGGAUGCGAAAAAGUCUAUGGUUACGAAGAGCGACGACAUCCGGGCAAACUACGACAUCGGCGUCGGCGUCUCGUUCCCCACGAAGAUGGACAUCAAAUUCCCCGUUCACGAAAGUAUCGUCGUAGCAGCCUUUAUCGAAUCCGACAUGACUUUCCCCCGCGGAACAGUCUACAACAACAUCAACGACAAACAAUGGGAAUUCUUCCGCGGCGUAGUCUGGAACGACGAUCCCUCCUGUCUACUCUUUGAAGAUGUCACUGAAGACAAUCGCAUGUUUGGCUUGGGCGUCGAGUGGUUAAACGCUUUCAAGUUCGGCGAUGAGAAGUGCAUGACCAAGCGAUCACACAUGGGAGAUCUUCAGUUCUUUCACGGUAUGGGUUCAGUGAUGGGUGAGAAACCGGAGAAGACGCGCAAGAAUAUCAUGACCUGGAUGGAGGUUAUGUAUAAGCUUGCAUGCGGCGAUCAGGGCAUUUCCGAAGACGACAUCCUCGACGACGUCCUGCCGGAUUUCUUCACCGAAGAAACCGUACCCGCGAAAUCCGACUCCCUCCGCGAUCUUAUCCUCGCUACAACACCGAAAUACAAAGAUGCCAAUAUCCGCAAACGCGCAUUCGGUAUUUGUCUCCAUAUGAUCUCCGACUCCUACGCCCUAGGCCACACGCAGCGCCGUCUGCGCAACCCCUCUGACCUCAUCGAGCGCGAUACCGCAGGAUACAUUCGCUUCAAGCCUGAUACCUACGGGGACUGGGGCUCUAUUCUCUGCUUCCACACAUACAACGACCAAGACGGUGAUCGUCACUCUCACUACGAUGAUAAAGACGGCGAACAAGAUCCUGUGCCGAGGGACGUCACCACCUUCAAUGAGAUGAUCGGCGCAAGAAAUGCUAUUCAGGGCUGCACGGAGAUGAUUAAUCUGUUUAUCAAGAAGACGCCGUGGAAGGAAGGCGUGAAGAAGGUUUUGGAGGAAGAGAUUUUCGUGCUGGAUAGGGAUGCUAAGCCUUCUGAUCACUUCACUGAUGAGAGUGUUGUUUCGUAUGUUUAUGCGCAGAGGUAUGAGGAGAUUGAGUAUCGGGCGGGUUUGGAGAGGAAGCUCGCUUCUUUGGAGGAGGGUGGAUUGAUUACGCAGAAGAAGGGCGACAAGUCAAGGGUCGUUCCGGCGUUGGCGAUGAUUUGUCUUUUCUUCAGCGCAAUGUUUUUCACGUUCCUUACUAUGAGGAUUCAUGGGCUUAUGUAUUAG